AUGACAUGGAUAAAUUUGAUUUCAAGUUUUAUCAUAGUUCUCUUUUUGUUAGAAAAAAAAAAAAGUAUGCUAUGUUUAUCAUUUAAGCAUAAAAUUGUAAGAUAUAUAUUAGAAGCAAGAUUAAAUAAACAACAAAAAGAGCAAAACCGAUAUAUGAAAAAUAAAUUUCUUUUUAGAAAGAGACUCAUUUUUAUGUUAUCAAAGAAAUAUUAUAACUUAAUUAGUAAAUCAAAUCAAUCUUCAGUAUCUAUUGAAAUAAAUAAAAAUAAAAACUUUAACUUUUCGAAAAAAUUAUUUGAAAAAUAUUUAAUUCCAGUUAAUUAUUUUCCGCUUUAUUUAAAAAAUUGUAUUUUCUCUUAUUGUAAUAAAAAAGACAUAGAAAUUGUUAAAAUGAGUAAUAUAAAUGAAUCUAAAUGUAAAAUAUCAAUAGAAGAAAUAACUGCAAAAAGUCAACAAACGGAAUAUGAUGAAAAUAUUUCAAAUGAAAAUAACAAUAUAUCAAAUGAUACCCUUAAUAAUAUAAAAGAAACUAAUUCAAAUAAUGAAAGCAACAAUGUAAAAUGCAAAAAAGAUGCGUUAAAUGAAGAUAAAAGAGACAUUACAAAAAAACGGACAAAUAACUUCUUAGACCAUUUAAUUGAAUCAAAAGAUAUUAGCAUUAAUUCAUCAAAUAAAAAGCUUUUAAUUAAUGACGCUGAUAUAUGUAAGAAUGACACAAGCACAACAAAUAAAAAAUUAAAUGAUGAUAAAAAUUAUAAAAUUCAUAAUAUACAAGAACUGGAAAAUAUGAGGAAGAGCUCAAAUUUCUUUAAAUUAAAUAGUACAGAAAAUGACGAAUUUAAUAUAGAAUUAUAUUUUGAUCAUAAAGAAUUAAAGUUUUUAAGAAAAAAAGAGGAAAAUUUAAAAUCGUUAAUAAAUAGAUUAAUUUUAAAUCUAAAAAAAUUAGAAAAAAAAAAAAAACAAUUAAAUAAAAAGAAAAAUAAAAGUAAAGAACAGGCAGAGGAUUUAACAAAUAAAACUGUAUGUUCUAUUCAAUUUUAUGACAAUGAAAAUAAUUUAAUUGAUGAAAAUAUUAUAUUGAAGGAUAUUGUAGAUAAAUUAAAUUAUGUAAUUAUAAAUAAUUUAAAAAUAUCUAUAUUCAAAGAUCUAUAUGACUUAAAACAAAUAUAUGUAUCAAUGGAUGUUUAUAAUAAUCAUCCUAUUAUUCCUGUUAAUUUACCACUGAAUGAAAUUAAUAAUUACAUCUAUUACUGGAUAGAUGCAAAAAAUAAAAAUGUUGUAAAAUCAUAUGAAUUAUUUUAUGUGCCUAAUAAAGAUGAUAUAUCCAAAAAAAUUCAACUAGUUAUAUAUGAUAAAAAAAAUCCUUUUUUUUUUUACGUAACUGGACAAAUACAAGUUAAUCAAAAUGAAUUUGAAAAAGAACUAAUAAUAAAAGAAAAAAGAUAUAUAAAUUUUAAAAAAUUAUAUGAUGAUAAUAAAAACAUAAUUCGUAUUAUGUCAUAUAAUAUACUUGCCCCUAUAUAUACAAAUACAAAAUAUGCAAUGGAAUAUAUGUUUAAAAAUAUUGAUUCUUGUUAUUUAAAAACCAAUUAUAGAUCGCAUUUAUUAAUAUAUGAUAUAAAUUAUGAUUUUGAUAUAAUAAGUUUACAAGAAGUGAGUGAAUAUCUGCAUUCUAACUUAUUUUCUGUUUAUUUAUAUGAAAAUUUUUAUUCAUGCUAUAAACCGAAAAAUAAUUACGGUAAUGACGGUUGCUCCUUAUUUGUGAAUAAAAAAAAAUUUUCGCUUAUUGAAUAUAGAAAUUAUGAAUUUAACGAAGUUAUUAAAAAGAAAGAAUUGAAAGAUGUAUAUGAUGUAUUUAUGAGUUUAUCAGAAAACCUUGAAGAAAUCAUUAAUGGAAUUAAAACUGUUUUUCAAAUAGGAAUAUAUUUACAUAGAAAUACACAAUGUAUUUUUAUCAUUGCGAAUACUCAUUUUUAUUUUCAUAGUUUAGCAGAUCAUAUCAGGGCAAUGCAAUCAUAUUCUAUAUUGUAUAUUUUACAUAAACUAAAAAAUGAAUGUGAAGAGAAAUAUUCGAAAAAUGUUUAUAUUAUUUUAAAUGGAGAUUUUAAUACAACUUUUGAUUCUGAUGUUUUUCAUUUUUUUGAGGGUAAAGACAUUACUUCCAAUUCAGAAAUCUGGAAAAAUGCAAAAUUGUUUAAAAAAGAGUUUGAUGAUUUAAAUAAGUAUCCAAAAUUAUUUGAUAUAAAAAAUGCCGAUACUUCUCAAGAUAUUACUGGCCCUUAUUUGAGCAGAAAGAAAUUUUUAAGCUUACGUUCUGCUUAUAAAAAAGAGGAUAUUCCUUAUACUAAUUGGAAUAAUAAUUUUAUAGAAGUAUUAGAUCAUAUUUUUUUAUCACCGGAUAUUAAAGUGAGAAAAAUAUUAAAAGGUAUUGAUCAAAACGAUUUCUCAAAAUAUAAAGGAUUAGUUUCUCCGAUACAUCCAAGUGAUCACUUGCCAGUAGCUGCUGAAAUAGAAAUAUAA